AUGAGUUUCAAAGGCCUUUCCAAGAGCAUGGUCCGAGCGCCACAACAGUUCAAGGCCAAGUUCAAUAUCGGCGAGCAUACGAAGGAUGCGGUUUACAUGGAUGCCGAGCGCCGAUUCCAAGAACUCGAGACCGAGACCAAGAAGCUCCACAUGGAAUCGCAAAAGUACUUCAACGCUAUCAAUGGCAUGCUCAAUCACCAAAUCGGGUUCAGCAAGGCUAUGACGGAAAUUUACAAGCCUAUUUCUGGUCGCAUGUCUGAUCCAACUUCAAUGAAAAUCGAGGGAAACCCCGAGGGGAUCGAGGCCUGCGAAGAGUACGAAUCCAUUGUCAAGGAGCUACAAGAAACGCUCGCGCCGGAGCUGGAUAUGAUUGAGACUAGGGUUAUCAGGCCAGCUACCGAGCUCCUCGAAGUCAUCAAAGUCAUUCGAAAGACGGCCCAGAAGCGCGAUCACAAGCAGCUUGACUACGAUCGCCGCCGCGCGGCCCUCAAGAAGCUACAAGACAAAAAGGAACGUUCCGCGAAGGACGAGAAGGCCAUGUGGAAGGCAGAGGGUGAUGUUGAACAGGCCACACAAGACUUCGAAUACUUCAACUCGCUGUUGAAGGAUGAGCUGCCCAAGCUCUUCCACCUAGAGGCUGAAUUUAUCCAGCCGCUAUUCCAGUCGUUCUACUACAUGCAGCUCAACAUCUUCUACACCCUCCACGAGCGAAUGCAGCGAUGCGAUAUUGGAUACUUCGAUUUGAGUAGGGACAUUGAGGAGGCCUUCCAUGAGAAGCGCGGCGAUAUUCAAGAGCAGGUAGAGGCCCUUUCCAUUGUUCGAUUUAAGACGACUGGCCAGAGACGCCCGGUCAAGUACCAACCCAGACCGGCUUUGGAAGGAGGCAAGCAGCCAGCGCUUCUGACGUACGGCAACGAUGCCUCUAGCUCGGCCUCGAAGCCUAGUCCGAGGGUCAGCGCUUACCAGCGACCAACUUCUACAGCAUCUGGGAAGUCAGCCGCACCGCCUCCAUAUAGCGCUGGAAAUUCUAGCAUGGCUAUGGUCGCUGCGGCCAAGUCCAAGCCACCACCACCACCAAAGCCAAAGCCCAGCCACUUGGCAGGCGCCAAGCAGACUGAAACAGUCACUGCCCUUUAUGAUUUCGCAGCUCAAGCAGAUGGCGAUCUCAGCUUCUCGGCCGGUGAUGUCAUCGAAAUUGUACAAAAAUCACAAAAUGAGAACGAGUGGUGGACCGGCAAACUGCGCGGCAAGCAGGGCCAGUUCCCUGUUGGGUUGGGCUUCAUUGCAUUUCACACCCAACUGGGUAUGGCGAGCAGAACAAAGAUUCUCGAUACUGCGACUUAUGGCUUUGGCUUUGGCAACGUGACCGAGCCUGCCCGCACUGGCAUCUCUCACACACAUAUCGAACAAGUGCCUCUUGCUUGCUUGUUUGCGGACUAUUUAUUGCCCAUUCUGCCCUCAUCCAGCAUGCUGAAUCCCAAUGUAGAUUGGGCGGCGCCCUUUCAGACCGACCGGCUUCUGGAGAUCCGGUCCUCUGGCAAGAAGAAGAUGCCCGGGAUUAACGCCAUGUCCGGGAUUGACAAGCAGCUUCAUUCUUGCCCUGUCAAAGUCGGGAAACUUGGCAUAGACGGUGACUGGCACGAUUUGACCUUUCACGGCGGCCCGGACAAAGCCAUUUUGGGUUACUGGAGGAAGAGCUAUCCCGAGCGCGCGGAAAAAUUUGUGCCGGGCGGCUUUGGCGAGAAUUUCGUGACAGCACACAUGAAUGAGAGAAAUAUAUGCAUUGGUGACAUUAUCCAGUUUGGCGACAGCGUACAGCUCCAGGUCUCGUUGCCGCGACAGCCCUGCUACAAGCUCAACCAUCGCUUUUCACUAAAGAACUUUGCGCCAACGACAUACAAGACGAGCCGCACCGGGUGGUACUACAGAGUCGUGCGCGAGGGAACGGUGUCUAUUGGAGAUGAAGUGCGCCUUGUUGAGCGCAAGUGGCCCGAGUGGACGAUUGAAAGAAUACAAGAAUUCUUGCAUCGCGAUACCAAUAAUCACGAGAUGAACGAGAAGCUGGCUGCCGUCGAAGCUUUGGGCGAUGAGAGCCGCGGCAUGUUUAAGAACCGUGUGGCCAAGGCCCUUCGCAAGGCGGAACCCAAAACCGAGGAGGUGUGGCGCAAAUUCCGUGUUAUCGAACGCAAGCAAGAAACGCCUCGAAUCAUCUCGCUCCAGCUUGAUACAGAGGAGAUCGACGAGGAGCUCCCGAAGACGCUUCUGGGAGCUCAUGCUAGGCUGAAGCUAGGAAAUGUAAUCCGCACAUACUCGGUCGUCUCUGGCGAUGAAGCUGGGGUUGGUGUCGGCAAUAAAUUUGAGCUUGGCAUUGCUCUCGAGGAGGAUAGCCGCGGUGGCUCCAGAUACAUACACGAAAAUGUCAAGGCAGGGGAUAUGAUUGAAGUUGGGCGCAUAACGACAGAUGUCAAGCACGGCAUGAUGUCCAGCAACCACGUCUACAUUGUUGGAGGCAUUGGUAUUACUGCCUUCAUGGCUGUCAUGAAGAAGGUGCAUCAGAUCAACUACAGUCUGGAGUUGCACUACGCGGUUCGCACAGCGCAAGAGGCAGCUUUCUUGGACAGAAUGGAACCAUUCCGAGACAGAGUCAAACUAUACGACAAAUCCAAGGGCGAGCGGAUGGAUAUUCCAAAAAUUGUCAAGACGCUGCCAUGGAACAGCAAACUCUACGUUUGCGGCCCGCCCAGGAUGAUGGAGGCGGCUAGAGCGGCUGUCCGGGCGAACGGCCUGUCGCACGACGAAGUGCACUACGAAGCAUUUACCGCCGAUGUCUCUGGCGAUCCAUUCGAAGCUGUGGUAGCGAACAAGGGGGACAAGAAGAUCAAGGUAGGCGAGGAUGAGAGCUUGCUGGAAGCGCUGCGUCGCGAGUUCCCGGAUGCGCCGUCGAGCUGCGAGGUUGGUAACUGCGGUACCUGCAAGAUUGUGCUGAAGAAGGGCCAAGUCGAUCACAGAGGCAGUGCGCUGGAGCCGGACGAGCAAAAAGGCCACAUGUUGGCGUGUGUGAGCCGAGGCAUGGGAAGCAUCGUCGUGGAAGUGUAG